GCUUGUCCUGAAUUAGGUAUUCUCAGUUGUGACCCACUGAGGCGGGGUGACACAGGUCAACGAUGACUGACACCUGGACCAGGCACAUGGAAAGGACUCCCCUUAUCCUCUGAACCCUGGGAUAUGGAAAUGGGAAAGUAGAGGCAAAGACAUCGCAGACCAGCCGGUUGACCAGAGGACAGCAUCCACUUGUGUGACGGUACCUCAGGCAGAAGACAUCAGUCAGUUCCUACACUGCAGUUCCUGAACAACUCUGCGGCUCCACAGACCAAGCAAGCUGAAAAGCCGAUCUGUUUUCUCUUUCUAAGAAAGCUAUUGUUUCAGGCUGCGGAGAAGCUGAACUUUCUCCCUCCUCCCUCCCCCCGAGGAAGACUUGUCGCCUGAAGCCACACUAGAAGAAGGCCUGUGGUCACCACACCUGGAAGAAAGGCUAUGGCAAAAAGAGUUGCAGUUAUUGGAGCAGGGGCCAGUGGCCUAACAGCCCUUAAAUGCUGUUUAGAUGAAGGACUCCAGCCAACGUGCUUUGAGAGAAGUGAAGACAUUGGGGGACUGUGGCGGUUCCAGGAGUGUGAUACGGAUUGGAAAGCCAGUAUUUAUAAAUCUGUGACCAUUAACACUUCCAAGGAAAUGAUGGGUUACAGCGAUUUCCCCAUCCCAGAGGACUACCCCAACUACAUGCACAACAGCAAAGUCAUGGACUACUUCAGAAUGUACACCAAGCAUUUUGAUCUUCUCCAAUACAUACACUUUAAGACAAGUGUGCUCAGUAUAAGAAAAUGCUCCGAUUUUUCCACCACUGGCCAGUGGGAUGUUGUCACAGAGACAGACGGGAAGCAGAAUUCGGCCAUCUUCGAUGCCAUUUUGGUUUGCACUGGCCACCACAUAGAUCCUUACUUACCCCUGGAAUGCUUCCCAGGUGUAGAGAAGUUUAAAGGAAAAAUAAUGCACAGCCGGGAAUACAAGUAUCCAGAAGAAUUUCGGGACAAGAGAAUGGUUGUGGUUGGCUUGGGAAAUUCUGGAGUAGAUAUUAGUUUGGAUCUCAGUCACACAACCAAACAGGUAUUUCUCAGCACCAGGACGGGCGCCUGGGUGGUGAAUCGCGUCUCUGACAACGGCUUCCCCCUCGACGUGGUACACUUCACACGCUUUAAAAAUAUGCUGCGCCACAUCAUCCCUUUGUACCUGAUGAACCGCUGGGGGGAGAACAAGCUGAAUGCCAGGUUUAACCAUGAAAACUAUGGACUGAAACCUAAAUUCAGGUUUCUCAGCAAGUACCCGAUCGUGGGGGACGACCUGCCCAAUGCCAUUGUUUCUGGCCGGGUGCUGAUGAAGCCCAACGUGAAGGAGUUCACCGACACGGCUGUGAUUUUUGUGGACGGGAGCCGGGAGGAGAACAUCGAUGUCGUGCUCUUUGCCACAGGAUACAACUUCUCCUUCCCCUUCUUGGAGGAGAACGUCCUCAGAGUCAACAACAACCGUGUCCCUCUGUAUAAGUUCGUCUUCCCUCCACACCUGGAGAAGCCCACGCUGGCUAUCAUCGGCCUCCUCCAGCCACUGGGGGCCAUCAUGCCCAUUGCGGAGCUUCAAGCUCGCUGGGCCACCAGGGUCUUUAAGGGUCUGCUUAAGUUACCUUCACUAGAUGACAUGAUGGCCGACAUUGCCAAGAAGAUAAAGGAGAAUGAGAAACGGUACAUUCCGAGCCAGCACAUUACCCUGCAGGUGCAGUACAUCGAUCAUGUGGAUGAACUCGCCUCCCUAUUGAGCGUGAAACCCAACCUGCUGUUUCUCUUCCUGACGGAUCCGAAGCUGGCCCUGGAAGUGCUCUUCGGCCCGUGCACACCAGCCCAGUUCCGUCUGACUGGACCGGGGAAGUGGGAUGGUGCUAGGAAGAGCAUCCUGACCCAGAGACAACGCAUCUUAAAGGCCACAAAAACUCGGGCUCUGAAAACCCACUCUGAGAACGACACCUGCCUGGUCUCCUCUCUGUGCAUUAAAAUAAUGGGCCUGUUCGUUCUUAUUGCUGCCAUUUGUGCUUAUUUUUAAGUAUCCAUGUGUCGGGCUCCAAGGCCACUGUGCAGCUGCAGAGUGAGAAGAGCCGUAAUGUUAAACUGGCCUUUGCUUUGCAUCACUAUCGCGCUUGCUCUCCAUGGCUUAUUGUUUGCUUCCUGCUCAAAGCCGCCCGGGCUGGAGGUGUCACGGUAAUGUUAGAGGUGAGAACGCUACAAAUAGGAGCUUUGCAAGAGUCACCGAAUCCAUCUUUGGGAACCAGAGAGUGCUGGACUAACCUCCUCACCACCGUAUGCCAUACUAACCUGCACUUGUUCUCUGUACACUUGGACUUUGAAAAUGGUCAUCUCCACCUUCUCUCCUCUACACUGUAGCUGCUGAAGAGGAGGCAAAGACCCAAAUCCUGAUCUCUGUGCAAUGGGCUGUGCUCAGGGGAGUCCUUGGGGGUCACAGUAGCCCAGAGGCUACUGUGUCCUCCCCUCCUCCACAGGUGGACUUAGCAACUGGAUCCACACUGAUCCACCAGCCGUGCCCAUUGCAAGUUAGGUCUGGUAGGAUCCUCUCAGAGCAUGCAGCUAGCUUUAACAUCAUGCUUUCCAUCCAUCCCUAACAUGCCCACUGGGGAGAAGAAGAUAUAGGGGCUGGCUAUGCAGGUUCUUCAUGCACUCUAGGGAUCCCAAUGCCAGGAGAACCGCUCAGCAAGAGACCUGUGGGUGGUUUCCACUCACUUUCCAUGCUGGGGUGGUUCAAAGGGAGCAGAGCAGUGCAAAGAAUUUGCCCCAAAGUAUUGAUUGUGGCUCCUUCACCUUCUUGAAAUAAAAUGUUCAGCCCUCUGGCUAGAUACCACUGCUCUAGGCGCUACGCCAGUAUGAGCAACAAGAAUGACUGAUUGCAGUGUAGUAGCCAUGUUGGUCCCAGGGUCUCGCUGAAACAAAGGUAGCUGAGGCAAUCCAAUAAACACCGUGCCGACCUUGCCUCUCUAAUAAUGAUGGUCUCAUUGCAAAAUCAAGGGAGAUCAUGCACUCCACUAGAAGCAACUAGCUUUUCCCCUUAAGCCAAGGGGCUGUGCUACCUUUCAUAAAAUAGUGGCAGGAUCUGCCCUUAGGUUAACAAAAAGUCCCUUGAAAAAUAAAAGUUCCUUAGAGAAUACAUCAGACAAAUCGCUGUGACAGGACCCUGGGCUUUAAAUUCUACUCCCUUGUUCCCUUAGUUUGGAGGGCUGUGGAAUUCUCUAAAUUCCCUCCCCCCCCCCCCAAUAUUCUGGAAUUGCUUGCUCUCAGUCAAUUAACUAAAUCUGUCUGCAAAUGGAGAAUUAAGUCCCCUCUGCUUUGGGUUUUUAUGAGCUAAAGAGAGCCGAUGCAAGGAGCCCAUUUUUCUGCCUAGUGGCCUAAUUUGAUCUCAACACUGCAAAAUAUUUGUUUGAAAUGUUUUCUCUUCAGCCUAUUGGUGAGGAUGUUGGGGUGAGACUAUCGCCUUGGUUUCAAAGACAGUUAAUCUGCUGUACCCAGGGGUACUGGAAUAAUUAAUUUGUAUAGUGUGGGUGCUGAGAGACAUUGAACCAAACUGUAAACCCUGUAUAUGAUGGAAACCACAGGGGGUGGAGCAGCAUCCCUAGUUCCAGCACCUAUGGCUCCACCUGGCAGCACCCAGACUGGCACUCUUUACUUGGACACCGCUUCCAUUGGCUUCGGUGGCAGUUUGGUGUGGGUAAGAAGUGCCGGAUGUGGGCUGUAAUACUGGGGUCUAAUUUUAGUUGUUGGGCUUAGAGUGAGGGUAUUGGGUGGUAUUGAUGGCUUGUGAGACACAGGAGGUCAGACUGGAUGAUCUGGUGGUCCCUUCUGGCCUACAACUCUAUAACUCUGAUUGGGUCCUUGCCGUUGCUUAGGAAACUAUUGUGAUGUCACAAAAGAUCUUGAUGUCAGAUGGAGAAUAAGCAGCAGUACUGGCUGGAUUCUUUCAAAAAUUCUGCUUCCAUUUACCAACAUGUAACCCUAUUGAUGUCAAUGUAGUGAUCAUCUGGGGGCAGGACUUUGCCACCUGUUUUUAUGCAAGUAUCUGUUGCCUUGUAGAUUGAGAUUGAAAAGCCAGAAUGAACCACCGUGAUCAUCUAGUAUGACCUCCUAUGUAACACAGACCAGAGAACUUCCCUGAUACAAUUCCCAGAGCAUAACUUGAAUUAGAGCAUAAUUUACACAUUCAGUUUUGAUUUAACUCUUGUAAAAUAGGACGCCAUAGCUUACAAGCGCAGAAUUGUUUCCAAACUAAUUAUUUUUUCCAAGUUUUCCAUAUGGCCUCAGUAGCUGUUUAAUUGUCUCUAUGCACUUUUGUUAUCAUACGUAAAAAGCUCAGUUCUUUAUAACUCAGCUGUAUGUAUGCCUGGCUGAAAUCUGAUGUACAAUGUCCUGAUAACGAAAAGCAAUAACUGAGUAGUUUCAUCUUGAGCUGGCUAUUGUGAACAGCAUACAAAACCAUGUGUGACCAACCAUUAUCGACUUCCUGUGCCAUCUGUACCAACCUACAAAGAAUAUCUGUAUUAAGCCGGCAGCAUGCCAGGAGGCUCACAUUGUAUUUCUGAAAAUAAAUAUUUCCCAAAACAAA